AUGGCGAUGCUAACAAGGAAGGGGCUCGAUCGAUCCCUCAUAAUCCUCCCUCUCGAACAGCAAGAAGAACGCCGUCAAGCCGCUUUAGCGCUCGACAGGCGCUAUAGACCUAUUAAGCCGGAAGUGUGGGAAAGCGCGGAUGGCCGAGCCUAG